AACAAACAAAAGAAAAGAACAAUGACACACUGAAAUUCGUAAUUUUCUUUACUCAGCGACAAAAUGCAGUGACCUGUCACCUCCUAAAGGGGGCGCAAAGGUUUGUGAUGACUGGAUAAUGGGUUCGAUCUGUUCACCUUCUUGUAACAAAAAGUGGGACUUUGCUCAGCCUUUGCUUUCGAGUGUGUGGGUUUGCGGAGCAUCAGGAGCUUGGAAGCCAACAAAUCGUUUUCCAGACUGUACAAAAAUAUAUCACGCUUACGCUGUCAAGACGGAAAUGGAUUUGAACUACUACUAUGGCAAUUGUACUACACCAGAAGUUCAGGCACAAAUAAAACAGAACUUUAUCCAGCUUUUGAACGAGACUUUCUUCAACGAGGUCUGUCACUCCGCACUUAAAGACAAGUGCAAGGCUGAAAAUGUGGAGGUCAAGUGCUCUGGGGUCGGUUUGGUCCCCAGUAAGCGAAAACGUUCAGGAGACGAUGACGGUUGUCAUAGCAGCACUGGAGGAUCAAUUCUACGAACCAAAAUUACUCUAAAUAUCGUCGUCGACCUCAAUGGCAUUGACGCAAAUGACACUAAAGAAGGCCAUAUUAUCAUUGGUGAAAAGGGCGUGAAAAUUGCCAAAAAGAUCAGCAGUCGGAUAAAAGCUGCAGUUGACAACGGCAAUCUCAGUCUGACCAUCAAUGGCACUGAGUUCGUAACUGAUAAAUAUUCAUUCAACAUCUUAGAACCUAAACAACUUUGUACCAAGGGACAAACAUUUAAAGAAGGAUACUGCCUAAAUUGUACAAGUGGGACCUUCUUAAAUUAUUUAACUGGAAAGUGCGAGGAUUGUCCGAUCGGAUCAUACCAAGAGUUCAGUGCACAGGAAGAGUGUUUGAUGUGUCCAUCGGGUACUUCAGCUAUGCAGACGAGAACAGAGAACAGUUCCAGCUGUUUAGGUAACUAAGCCUGACGAAGUAAUGUGCCUCAGAUUUACUGUAACUUAAAACUUAAUUGGUAUUCCAGAACUUAUAAACAAACUAUCAGAUAAAAUAAACCUUCAACCCUGGCUACAUAGCAAAACACAAUUAUUUAUUCUACAACAAAUUGCCAAAUCAAAACUAGACACACUUCGUUAAGAUGAUAAUUUUAAAAAAUCGCACCUUGCGUUUCCUCUUCUCCAUAUCAGUAUUUUCAACAAAUCUUUAAUUAAGCAAAAUUCUAUAAGCAGCAUGUUUCAAAGACGGAGGGGAGUCCGAAUCACAGUGAAAGAGUUCCUUCUUUUAAAAAUUUAUGGCACCUUUAAAGAAAAAGGCAUUUUAAAUAAGUGGGA